GGAGCGGGACAAAGGUUUUGUUCUUCUCCCAACACUGCAGCCUUGUGCGGCGGCGGCGACAGGCAGCAGCCAGCGCGGCCCCCGCGCUCCCUCGCCGCGGCGCAGAGGGGGAGCUUCUCCUCCUUUGUCCGCUCCCGGCGACACCAACCGCCGGGGAAGGGCCUCGGCGGGAGCCCAGGACACCGAGAACGGCGGCCGAGGUCCUCCCGGUCCCGGUACAGCCGCCCCGCCGACGACGAUCCCGCCCCGGCACGGGCAGCCAUCCCGGGAGAACCGAGCUCUUCAUGACGGAAACCCGAGCGGGGAGCGCCCGGAGCGGGGACGGCGGCUGCGCCUGGGGCCGGGGAGGACGGCGGCAUUGGGGACAAGGACACGCUGUCCCCCCAAGCCUCGCCCGCUGCCGGCCAUGGGGAACGGCAUGAGCCAGAUCCUCCCUGGCCUCUACCUUGGGAACUUCAUCGAUGCCAAAGACCUAGAGCAGCUAAGCCGGAACAAGAUCACCCACAUCGUUUCCAUCCAUGAAUCUCCCCAGCCCUUGCUGCAGGACAUAACCUACCUCCGCAUCCCCCUGCCUGACACCCCCGAGGCCAAUAUCAAGAGGCACUUCAAGGAAUGCAUCAGUUUUAUCCACCAGUGUCGCCUGCAUGGAGGGAACUGCCUCGUCCACUGCCUCGCAGGCAUCUCCCGCAGCACCACUGUGGUCGUGGCCUACGUCAUGGUCGUCACGGAACUGAGCUACCAGGAGGUGCUGGAUGCCGUCCGAACCAUCCGGCCCGUGGCCAACCCCAACCCCGGCUUCAGGCAACAGCUGGCUGAGUUCAACGGCGGUGCAGCCCGCAAGGUCCGCAGGCACCUGAAGCAGAGAUAUGGGACAUCCCCUUUCAAUGACGAGGAAGAAAUAAAGGCCCUGCUGCCAGCGGGGAGAGGAGGAGCAUCCAGGACGGAGGGAGCUCUGCAAGGACUGGUCCCAAGAGCCAGAGACAUCAGGACCACGACUCCCUUCCUGCUGCGGGUGAAGAGGACGUUCUCCUGCAUCCCAACUUGUCUGAAGUGACCCCAGCCAAGGGAGAGCAGCGAGAAUCACCCAACAGCCUGGGAGAGACGAAGGAGCCGCAGCACAGAGGGCUGGGGCAGCACUGCACAGGGGAGCUGCACCAAGCCCAGCUCCUUCUUCUCUUCUGGGGUGCGAGCGUGCCAUCCUCUGUCCUGGCUCUCAGCUGUCGGGGAGAGAUUCGUGUGCGCUGCCGGGUCCUGCAGCGCUCGGUGGGCUCAACCUCUUCGUGCCCAGCACAUUGGGGAUGCCUGGUGACAGGGCAGCUGACAACCCCUAGGUCACCGCAGGCUUUCGCUUGGGACAGAGUGACGGAGGGGGUCUCUCCUGCCACAGGGCCAGCACCCAGAUGAUGCCAGCAGCAGCUUUAGCACUUGGGUACCCACUGCACGGGCCUUGGGGUGCACAGGGUGCAGGAGAGACAGCCCUCCCCUCGGAGCAGUUUUCCCACCAGCAGCACAAGCUCCCAGAGCGGAGGCAGCUGUGGAGCAGGGGUGCAGCAGCAGGUGAUGCCACUGCCCCAGCUCCCAAGCAAGGAUCCAGCUCCAGCCCGGCCAAACACAAGCCCUGAGCAAGCACUGUAGCUUUAAGAGCCCAUUGCACCCCAUCCAUCCCAGGGCACAAUCUUUAAAAGGUGGGAACUAAGCAUUUAACCUGGCUAGACCUCACUAAAGCAGAGCCUUAAGCCAUUUUUGCUUAAAAGACUUUCUAUGUCCCUCCCCCAGUAAUAAACACCUCUUCUCCACA